GUUUUAUCAAUACUUUGCUCAAAAUGUUGCAUUGCUAAGCAACAAAUACCUAAUGUCAAUGGAAAAUCAGAACGAAACCAAUUUAAGAACCAAAUUCAUUGAGUUUUCCGAAUAUAAAAGCAAAGAAAAUGACACCAAUGGGAUUAGUUUGAAACAGCUAGAUUUGUGGUUAGAGCAAGCUAGAAUUUUAGACAUGAAUCGAAUAACUACAACAGAUACUGGAAUUCUUUUCCUUAAAUUCGGCACUCGACGGAUGGAUUUUCAACAAUUCCUGCUGUUUUUAAGGAAACUAGCAGCACAAAGUGGUGACAACUUAACAGAUAUUUUCGAAAAACUGGCAAAAUGUGAAAAACCGACUCUACCAGCUUGGGAACUGAAUUAACACAUGCGGCCAACAACUUGCAGAACUUUUAUUUUACCAGAUAUUUGUGUAAUAUAAUGCAAAUCCAUAAUAUUGAGAUUUUAGCUAUUCAAUUUUAGUCGGUUAGUCCAAAUAUAGGUAGUAAAAAAAAUCAAAGAAUUAAUUUUUGAUUUAUGUUAAUGUGUGAUGCGAAAAGAUGUACAGCAAUAUUUCA